AUGGAGCUUUAUUUCGAACUUCUCUUGGAAGGAAUAAUCAAAUUGGGACUACAAAACACCGUUUUUGGAUGGGUAGCAUCGGGAAGAAUAGGACUUCGUCGAUCUCGUAAUCAACCCAAGGUGGCUCACGUGUGCAGCACUGAACCACAUGAGGACCAAAUCUCCCGUUUCUGGGAGUUAGAGUCCUGCUGGUCACCCAGCACACGUUCCCCGGAAGAAACCUUCUGCGAAGAACAUUUUACUAUCAACACCUUUCGUGACGAGUCUGGUAGGUUUGUAGUCACUCUUCCUAAACAUAGCGACGUGGUUUCUCAACUGGGAAGCUCGAAGGAAAUAGCCACACGUAGGUUCAUCGCCCUUGAACGCCGUCUUGAUGCAAAUCCCAAACUCAAGGAGACGUACGCAGCGUUUAUUACGGAAUAUCUGCAGCUCAAACAUAUGCGAGAAAUUGAUGACACAGACAACGCUGCUCCGGUUUAUUAUCUCCCCCAUCAUGGCGUAGAAAAGGCUGACAGCACAACCACAAAACUGCGGGUAGUGUUCGAUGCAUCGUGUCGCACUGAUAGUGGAAUAUCACUCAAUCAGACGUUGAUGGUUGGCCCUGUGCUGCAGGAUGACAUACAUGCGAUAUCUCUUCGCUUUCGGAUGCAUCGUUUCGCAAUCAUUGCCGAUGCCGAUAAAAUGUAUCGGCAGAUUCGGCUUCACCCCGUUGAUUACCCGCUGCAUCGUAUCCGCUGGCGUUCUUCUUCUUCGGAACCGCUCAAAACAUUUGAGCUCACCACCGUCACCUACGGCACCGCCUCAGCACCGUAUUUGGCAACUAGGUGUCUGCUGGAAUUAUCAAAUCAGGGAGCUGAGGCCUAUCCUUUAGCUGCGAAAGUCCUAUCGAAGGACUUUUAUAUGGACGAUAUGCUGACUGGGAUCGACGACGCGGGUUCAACUUGCGAAAAUGGGCGUCUAAUUCGUCCACCAUUCUAUCGAUCAUACCACCCGAGCUACGAGAACAACGAGCAAUAUGGAGUCUCCCUCGACCAUCAAAACCUUGGGGCUGAUAUGGGAACCCUCAACGGAUCUGUUGCACUAUUCCACUCCCAAGUGGCCACCAACGAACACCAUCACAAGGCUCUAAACGCACUCUCGUCAAUUUCCAUACCUCGAUGGGCAGCACUCUCUAAUGCACCAGUCAUCGUGGAACUCCAUGGAUUCUGCGAUGCAUCGGAACGAGCGUACGGUAGCUGUCUGUAUAUUCGAACCGCUUCCCAAGAUGGGAGCAUCUCCGUGCGUUUGCUGACUGCGAAAUCCAGGGUGGCACCUCUCGGAGACUCCAAGAAGCAGAAAAAGGUCAGUCUUCCCAGGUUGGAGUUAUCGGCUGCUCUUCUAUUGAGCCACCUGUAUCACAAGGUGAACUCUGCCAUCGGACUAAACACUCGAGCGUUCUUCUGGUCGGACUCAACUAUUACGCUCCACUGGAUCAAUUCGGUUCCGUCGAGAUGGAAAACUUUCGUGGCGAAUCGGGUGUCGGAAGUUCAACACCUAACAACCAACGGUGUCUGGGCUCACGUUUCGGGUAUGGAUAACCCAGCGGAUAUAAUUUCCCGUGGUAUGGAAGCGAACCAAUUGGAGGAGUCUUCGAUCUGGUGGACAGGACCAUCCUGGCUAAAACAACCCUCUCGGUUUUGGCCUCCAAUAAUCCAAAGCGAUCCACCUGAACUGCCCGUUGAAACCCUGGAAGAACGACCAGUAUCGUUACCGGUCAGAGUUCAUGAACCGAACGAAUUAUUUAGACUACGAUCAUCAUUCUCCUCCUUGGUCCGACUGACUGCUAUGCUUGGUCGAUUCAUUCACAACUCCAAACCGGAAAAUCGAUCCAAUCGAAAAUUUGGUUUUCUGCGUUCAUCGGAGUUAGAACAAGCUCUAUCAAUAUUAGUGAAGCUGGCACAGUAUGAAGUCUUCUUCAACGAAAUCGACACCGUAUCUAGUGCAGGUCAAGUAAAUUCGAAGUCUGCUCUGAAGAAUCUCUGCCCAAUUUUGAAAGACGGAAUAUUGCGGGUUGGUGGCCGACUGCGGAACGCGACAAUAUCAGAGGAUAGGAAACAUCCAAUGAUCCUCCCUGCAAGACAUCCACUAACAGAAAGCAUAAUGCCACACUAUCAUCUGAAACAUAUGCAUGCCGGACCACAACUGCUUGUGGCAUGCGUCCGGGAGAAGUUUUGGCCACUUCGCAUCCGUAACCUGGCACGGCAUACGGUCCACUCGUGCAUCAGUUGCUUCCGUUGUAGACCAUCGGUUGUGGAGCAGAUUAUGGGAGAUUUGCCCGCCGAAAGAGUAACGCCAAUUUUGCCGUUCCUGAACACCGGUGUGGAUCUGUGCGGACCGUUCAAGUUCCGUAAACUUCGCAAAAGCCCACCUACCAAAUGUUAUGUGGCAAUUUUCGUCUGCCUUGUCACAAAGGCUAUACACAUUGAGCUGGUCUACGAUCUGUCAACAGCCGCUUUCAUAGCUGCACUUCAUCGGUUCAUAGCUCGGAGAGGGAAGCCACAUGUCAUCCACUGCGACAAUGCACGAAACUUCAAGGGAGCCGUUCGAGAACUGGCAGAGCUGCGAAGCCAAUUCUAUUCACAGCAACACGAAGCGGCCGUUGUCAACCGUUGUGCGAACGACGGUAUUGAAUUCAAAUUUAUACCGCCCCGCAGUCCCAACUUUGGUAGGCUGUGGGAAGCAGCGGUAAAAUCCUUUAAGAAGCAUUUCCGAUCGACAGUUGGUAACUCUAUCCUUUCACAAGACGAGUUCGUUACACUGUUGUCCCGUAUCGAAGCUUGUCUCAACUCCAGACCACUUACGCCUCUCACCGCGGACCCAAACGAUCUGGAAGUAUUGACUCCGGGUCACUUUCUUGUUCACCGUCCGCUCACUUCCUUUCCCGAACCUAAUUUAUGCGAGGUACCUCGGAAUCGCCUCGACCGGUGGCAGGAAAACCAGGAGCUUCUCCGUCGAGUAUGGAAACGGUGGUCAACGGACUAUCUUUCGGGGCUUCAUCCACGCACCAAGUGGACACAGGCUCGAGACAAUAUUGCUGUUGGCACCAUGGUCCUCCUCAAGGAAGAAAACCUUCCUCCGCUCAAGUGGAGAUACGGCAGAAUCACCAACAUCUUCCGGGGGGAGGACAAUAACAUCCGAGUAGUCAGCGUGAAAACGGCUGAGGGAGAGUUUCGCCGGGCCAUCUCCAAGGUUUGUGUGCUGCCUCUAAAUCACGAAUCAACCCUGCCGACCGAUGGGAAUAACCGGCAAAUCGAUGAUCACUAA